AAGACACCCUUUAUGUGAUGCAGUUUUACCAGUUCACUACGUAGAACAUAGAAAUUAGAAGACAGACCGAAUCGCGAAUGGAUAUCUUAGACCAGCGGCUAAACUAACUACCUUCACCAAAAUGCCGGGUAACGGGACAUCGGUUUGUUUCUAACAGGACAACCACCCAAAAGUUAAUUAUCAGUGCCAUGUUUUUCUUAAUUCCUCUUGAGAAUUUUUUGCCUUUAAUCUGCACGCGUGUCUUAACCAACUGCGUCUGAAGCGCGCCUCCGAAAUGGAGCAUUUAUUCCGGCGCAACAAAGUCCUAAAGUCCUUGUUGUCUUUGACUUUAUUGUUGGUCACUGUUUUGAUGGUACAAAAGUUCAGAGUGGGUGAUCUCCGAAUGAAGGAGGAGAAGGAGGUGCCUCAUUCGGAACCGAAAAGCAACAUGCGAUUGACUAUGCAGUGGAAGACUAAAGCCGAGGUUAGAAACACUAAGGCUCCCAAGGCACCGGUCAGUACGCGCGCACCGACUAGGUGGAACAUCACCGCUAUUAACUGCACUGCGGACUCAGUCCUGCGCAGUGAGAGCUGGUUUCAGAAUCUGGACUCUAGGUUCCACCAAUUCGUCCUGCACAGACACUGUAGGUAUUUCCCCAUGCUCAUGAAUCACCCUGAGAAGUGUGCUGGGGACGUGGAUGUGCUAAUCGUGGUGAAGUCGGUUAUAGAGCAGCACGACCGCCGCGAGGCUGUGCGUCGUACUUGGGGCAAAGAGCACACCAUCAAGGGCAAAAGAAUUAAAACCCUGUUCCUGCUGGGCACCCCUACGCCUGAAAAGGAUUCCAAUAACCUACAGAAACUCCUCGAAUACGAGAACAGACUAUAUGGAGAUAUACUGCAAUGGAAUUUCAUGGAUACCUUUUUUAACCUCACACUGAAGGAGAUCAAUUUUCUGAGAUGGUUCGAUAUCUACUGCACAAAAGUGAGCUUCAUUUUUAAAGGGGACGAUGAUGUCUUUGUCAACCCAACUAACCUGAUGGAUCUAAUAGACUUCCGAACACAGGAGAAUAAAGUGCAGAACCUGUUUGUUGGGGACACAAUUUCAAAAGCAGUGCCUAUUAGAAAUAAAAAAAGUAAGUACUAUAUACCCAAAGAGCUGUAUGAUAAGCCAUAUCCACCUUAUGUAGGUGGUGGAGGGUUUGUCAUGUCCGCUGAUCUGGCACGUAGACUUUUAGCUGUUUCUGAGAAAAUGUUGCUUUUCCCCAUUGAUGAUGUGUUCCUGGGCAUGUGCCUUCAGGAGUUAAAGUUGGAACCAGAAAUGCACGGAAGCUUCAAAACAUUUGGGAUUGUGAGGCGCAAGGUGAGCCUGAUGAACAGCGAGCCAUGUUUCUAUCGUGAUCUCAUUGUUGUGCACAAAAUGAGCCCAGAGGAACUGCUGAGUAUGUGGGACAUGGUGCAUGAUGAGAGGCUCACCUGUACCAAAAAGGAAGUGGAAAUAAGUCCACACAUUUUUUGAAUCUUUGUCUUCUUUGUUCAUUUUCCAGGCAUAAUUAUUAAUGAUUUUGAUCUCAUUUGGAUCAAAAAGGUAGUUGUUGGGAUGUAGGGGGAACACAACAUGAUGUUAGUAAUAAUAUUAAUGUUUAUAAUAAUAAUAAAAAUAAUAAUAAACAAACAAAUAGAUCAAAAUAGUAAAUAAUUUCCCCAUUGAUUGAAAUUCUCCUAAACAUACAAUAUGUUCUAAUAUGCAGUGCGUAAAAUUUAUUUACAUCCGAAAACCAAUGAAAAGCCCUAAACUUUACAGUUUACACAUUUCUAAAAAAAAAAAAAAAAAGAGAGAGAGAGAGAAAACCUAAAAGCCACUUUUUAUUUUGCUCUGAGGCUUUGCAUUUAAACAGUAAAAUAGCAAAUUAAUUCUAUGGCAUACUCCUUGCAAUGUACAAAUAUAGUUGUUAAGAAUUCACAAGUGAUCUUUGUAAGUGUACUUUUUCACCAGCCUGAUUUGUCACUAUGACAGGACAUUCUGCAAUUGUAAGGGCCAUUUCAUGUGAAUUACCUUUAUUUAAGGCGGUUGUGAAAAAGAAUUAUGACUUGCUUUCUUUGUGUUUGAAGACAAUGACUUCAGUGGAAUAACAUGCUUUAGUCAUUGUAUUUAUCCAAACACAGCUUGUCAGAAGCACAACAGAAAGUAGUUUCAUUGGCAUUCAUACAUUCACGGUCACCACUGGGUUCACGGCAUUUAAUGGGACCAAUUUGUUAUUUAUACUCGCUAGCAAAUUUAAAAAACCAUUAGAACAUCUGAAGGUUGUUUCCAUGUAGUUUUUCCUGUUUUAAAUUUGCUGCGGUACAUUAUGACAGAUGUGUAAAGUGUUUACAGUUUGUCCCAAGUAGGAUUGACAUAACCGCCUUAAUUGCAAACUAUCAACACAAGGAGUUUAUUUAAAAGUAUUUUGAUUAUUUCAUUAAGAACAAUUUAGCUCAAUAAGGUUCAUUUUUAUAUUUUCAGAUGUGGUACCCUAACUUGUGCUUACAUGUUUAUACAUUCAUUCAUUCAUCUUCUACCGCUUAUCCGAUGUUUAUACAUGUACAGAUUUAUUUGUUAUAUGACAUGUUUAUAUAUUACAUAUGAUACAUACUAAUUUAAUAAAUAAAUACAUAUUAUAUCUCUUUUGGGAAAUGUAAACAAAUAUAAACACUUUAUAAAGAAAUCCACAAAAAGCUAAAUGUAUCAAUAAUUCAUUAAAUAUCAAUGAUUUCAAUGUUUACAAUGAUUUCUGUACCAGUAACCAACUCACUGCAUGACUCAUAAUGACAAUAUGUAUGACUCAUAGAAGGACUUUAACUGAUGAUUUUAACUGAAGUCUAUAAUUUGUGAAUAAAAUGAUGCUAAAACUGGCAAAA